GCCGAACAGCUCUCACUGUCAGGAAGUUCUUCCUAAUGUUGAGGUGGAAUCAUAGAAUCAUAGAGAAUCAUAGAGUCAUAGAGUUGGAAGAGACCACAAGGGCCAUCCAGUCCAACCCCCUGCCAAGCAGGAAACACCAUCAAAGCAUUCCUGACAGAUGACUGUCAAGCCUCUGCUUAAAGACCUCCAAAGAAGGAGACUCCACCACACUCACAAAUGUGAGGAUAUUUCGUGUUUCUGAAGGUUUUCUGUGUAAAGAUCUUGUUAAUUCAGGCAGGGAGUGGAGCAGGAUGUGGAUUUGGGGGGACAUUAUCCUUAGAUCUCCUGCUCUGCAGAUGCUGCUCAUCUAACUUACUACCACCCUUCUUUCCCUCCUCUUCCAGGAUUUCUUGACGGACCUCAUGAUGUCUGAGGUGGACCGAUGUGGCGAAAAUGAGCACCUUAUUUUCCGAGAGAACACCCUCGCCACAAAAGCGAUCGAGGAGUACCUGAAGCUGGUGGGGCAGAAGUACUUGCAAGAUGCCUUAGGCGAGUUCAUCAAGGCACUGUACGAAUCGGACGAAAACUGCGAGGUGGAUCCCAACAAGUGCUCCUCUUCAGACCUCCCAGAGCAUCAGAGCAACCUGAAGAUGUGCUGCGAGCUGGCCUUCUGCAAGAUCAUCAACUCAUACUGCGUCUUCCCGAGAGAGCUGAAGGAGGUCUUCGCCUCGUGGCGCCAGGAGUGCAGCAGCCGCGGCCGCCCAGACAUCAGUGAGCGCCUGAUCAGCGCCUCCCUGUUCCUCCGCUUCCUCUGCCCGGCCAUCAUGUCGCCCUCCCUCUUCAGCCUCCUCCAGGAGUACCCCGAUGACCGCACAGCCCGCACCCUGACCCUGAUCGCCAAGGUCACGCAGAACCUGGCCAACUUUGCAAAGUUUGGCAGCAAAGAAGAAUACAUGUCCUUCAUGAACCAGUUCCUGGAGCACGAGUGGACCAACAUGCAGCGGUUCCUGUUGGAGAUCUCCAACCCGGAGACGCUCUCCAACACGGCCGGCUUCGAAGGGUACAUUGACCUUGGCCGCGAACUCUCCACCUUGCACUCUCUGCUCUGGGAGGUUGUGAUUCAGCUGGACCAGAGCACGGCAACAAAGCUUGGCCCCUUGCCACGCAUUCUGAGGGAUGUCAAUUCGGCCCUCAGCAACCCGUCCUGCGUGCAAGUCUCCAUCACAGCCGAUCAUGCUGCCUCACCGCCCAACGCCAGCAACAGCAUAUCUGUGGGGCUGCAGAAGAUGGUGAUCGAGAACGACUUAUCUGGGUCUGCGGGGGCCCAGCCCUCACCCGCCCGGAGCUCCAGCUACUCGGAGGCCAAUGAGCCCGACGUCCAGAUGUCCAACGGCAGCAAGAGUCUCUCCAUGGUGGACUUGCAGGACAGCCGGGUUCUGGAGGGUGUGCCCGCCCUCCCGGGGCCGGCCGACCCACUCGGCGACGGGCCCCCCUCCAUCGGGCAGGCCCCGGGCCCCUGGGGCAUGCGGACUCAGCAGAACGCCGUGGCCGCCAUGGCCACCGUGCGGCGGGCGGGCCAGACCCCCACCACGCCCGGCGCAGAGGGCGCCCCCGGACGGCCCCAGCUCCUGGCGCCCCUCUCCUUCCAGAACCCUGUGUACCAGAUGGCCGCGGGCCUGCCCCUCUCGCCUCGGGGGUUGGCGGACUCCGGCUCCGAAUGCCACAGCUCGCUCAGCUCCCACAGCAACAGCGAGGACUUGGCAGCGGUGGGCAAGCACGCCUUCGGCAACCCCGCCGCGGUCGCCGCCGCGACGGAGGACUUCAACCGGCGGGCGGGGGAGCUGGCCCGCCGGCAACUCUCGCUUUCGGACAAGGGCGGGCAGCCCACCAUGCCCCGGCAGAACAGCGGGGGGCCCCAGAGGCGGAUAGACCAACCGCCACCGCCCCCGCCGCCCCCGCCGGUGACUCGGGGCCGGACGCCGCCCUCGCUGCUGAGCACAAUGCAGUACCCACGCCCCUCCAGCGGGGGCAUGCUCUCCUCCUCGCCCGACUGGCCGGGCAGCGGGGCACGGCUGCGGCAGCAGUCCUCCUCCUCCAAGGGAGACAGCCCGGAGAUGAAGCAGCGGACGAUGGUGCAUAAGCAGGCCCCUUCUCCUGUGAACCCCAAUGCCCUGGACCGCACAGCCGCUUGGCUUUUGAAUAUGAACGUGCAGUUUUUAGAAGAGGAGAGCAGUGACCCAGACCCCAAGCACAGGGAUAAGAUCCGGAAUAAAGAGGAGUUCGGCCAAGGGGAAAAGCAGUAUCACCAGGACGCGGCGGCCCUGCAGGACAAGCUGCGCAUCUCCAACAAGAAGCUGGAGGAGUACGAAGCCCGCUUCAAGUGCCAGGAGGAGAACACGCAGAAGCUGGUGCUGGAGUACCAGGCGCGGCUGGAGGAGAGCGAGGAGCGCCUGCGGCGGCAGCAGGAAGACAAAGAGAUGCAGAUGAAGGGCAUCAUCAGCAGGCUGAUGUCAGUGGAGGAGGAGUUGAAAAAAGAUCACGCAGAAAUGCAGGCGGCUGUGGACUCCAAGCAGAAGAUCAUAGACGCACAGGAAAAGCGCAUCGCCUCCCUGGACGCAGCCAAUGCCCGGCUCAUGAGCGCCCUCACCCAGCUGAAAGAGAGGUACAGCUCGCAGACCCGUAAUGGGAUCUCCCCUACCAACCCGACUAAAUUGCAGAUUACCGAGAACGGCGAAUUCCGAAACAGCAGCAAUUGUUAAGCCGGUGGGAGUUGGCGGCUGCUGUUGCUGAGGGAGAUUGAGAGGAGAGGAGAGAGGAAGGAGAGGAGAGGAGGAAGGAGGAGGAGGAGGAGGAGGAGGAGAGAAAGAGAGGACAGCCCGGGCAGAGAGAGAGCAGCGGCGGCAGCAGCAGCGGCAGGAAGGGUGAGCCACCACGUUGCAAGGGUGCUUGGUGCUUCCUACCCGCCCACCGCCCCCCCCCCCGAGUGGGGGGAGGAAAGAGAGAACCCCACAGCCCUCUUUCACCAAAGACGGGGAGCCCCGAUGUCCCCCCAGCCCGACCCCGAGUUCGAGGGACGGGGAGACGGAGAGGAGAUCGCCGACCGUGCGGAGCAGAUCGUUGCAGGGAGGAGAGUCACCGCCCUUUCCUACUUCCUGAAGGACGCGCCUCGGGAGCCCGCUAGAGGCCGAGGGACAAGCUAGCAGGACUUGCGCGAAAGGUUGCAGGGCCAAACCGCCGCCCGCCCG